CCCCCAUGAAACCGCCAUCAAGGACAGGUCCGCGCAUGGCGGAUCCGACGUCCGACGUCGCGCACGAAGACGUGGCUGCGGCCCAGUCAGCGGACGCUCUCUUUGUCCUGCAGAUCAUCAUCGAUACAGUGCAUCUGCAUCGCCACUGCGUCGACGCGGACGACCUGGCGUGGGUACGCCUCGGGUUCCAAUUGCUGUCGUUCAAUGUUGUUGUGUUGGACGCGGAAAUCCCUCUCACGAUUGCAGACGGCAAUGGUGACGAACUGACGGGACACGUGCGCAAAGGAAAGUCGUGCAUGUUUCGCAUGCAAGCCAAUGCACUGAUGGAUGCCAUGGACGCAAACCCGUUGUCGCUGAUGCUCCUCGAACCACCGAAGGCAGCUGCAGGACACCUCUCACGACUUCUUGCCUUCACAUGCAUCGACAUGCCACGGCGCGAACGAUUCCAUCAUGAUGCCGCCACGAUGAGAGAAUGGGUGAACCUUCAGAGCAGUUGGACCAUGUACAAUCAUGCUGGAGAUGCUGUGGGGCUGGUGCAAGGGGGGGUCGUACUCUCUCACUUGGGGACAUCAUUGGCUCCUCACCUGCAACAUGCGCUUGCUAUUCAUGUGACAGAUGUGUCGACUGAAAGCGUCGAAGUCGGAGGCAACCAUCCACCCCCUAUCUCUUCUGGAGUGGACGCAAUGACAGAGCCUAUGCCAAAGGAAAAAGUUGACACUGGAGUUCAAUGCGAAGCCGAAUCGAAUCCAGUGGAGCGAGCCGAGAUAUCGUGUUUUGUCAAGCCAGCUUCUGUCAUCAUCGAGGAGGCAGUCGAUGAAGACGAUGACGUCUUUGCAUCCCGGCGACCGCCACCGCUGUUCUUUCAAGCUGGUGCUCCAUCGUCGCCCAAGGAGCUCAAGCAAGUCACGUUCACAAAGACAUCGUCGUGCCUCUUGUUCAAGCGCGAUUGAUCGGUGCUAUCCUGAUGAAUUCAAAAUCGCGCCCACGACAUUGAAAUUAUCCGGAUGAAUGCGUAUCCGGAUAUCAACCGUCCUCGAACAGGUUGCC